AUGGCACCCAAGAUGAAGAAACCCCCGCCGCCGCAGCAGCAGCAGGAGAAGGAGGCCUCCCUGGAAGAGGAGGAGGAGGAGGGGGAGGAGGACUCUAGCGAGGCCAUUCCGGAGGGGAAUGCGCCGGCCGAUGAGGUCGCCGCGUCUCUCCGGCCAAAGAAGAGCAAGCUGUACGGCGAGGUCGCCGCGUCCCCCAAGCCCAAGAAGACGAGGGUUGCGCCGUCGCCCGCGCCGAAGCGAGCCAAGAAAGCCGCGCCGUCGCAGGAGGAGGACGGCUCCGAGGAGCGCCCGCAAGAGGAGUCCGGCGAGGCCUCGGCUGAGAUGGAUCCGUCGGCCAUCGAGACCACCGCCGCGUCUUCCCCGCGCAAGCCGUCCGGCGAGAUCGUUGCGCCCCCCCAGCACAACAAGAAGAGGGCCGCCGCGUCUCCCGUGUCGAAGCGGGCCAAGAAGCCCACUCCGCCCCUGGAGGAGGAGCAGCCCACCCAGCGCAAGAGGAGCAAGCCCUCCGGCGCGAACGCUGCGUCCCCCGAGCGCAAGAAAAGGGGAAAGCCGUCGGCCAAGUCGCCGCCCAGAUCCAAGCGGGACAAUGCGGCCAGCAACGAUGAGGAAGUGGAGCAGGAAAAAGAGCAGGCGGAGGAGGACGGGGCUGAUAACUCCGGCGAGGCUCUGCUGGAGAGGAAUGCUUCAUCGGCCAAGCUGCCUGGUUCCAAGAGAGAGAAGAAGCCAGCAGUCGAGCGCUCGUGGUCCAUGGAGGACGAACUCCGGAUCCUCACCACCCUGGCCGAGCACGCCCAGACCCACGGCGGCGCACAGCUCGAGGCGUCUGACCUCUUUGCCACCCUUGCCGCCAGCUUCGAUAGAAGGGAUGCCGACACAUCCAAGCUCGCCAACAAGGUCCGGAAGCUCAGGGGACGGCAUGAGAGGGUGCGCUCGCAGGGCUGCCCAGCCGAUGGCCAUGGUCGCCAGUUGUUUGAGCUGUGUGAAAUUGUCUGGGGCAGUGGCACUUUGCAGAAUAGCAUCCAGGGCGCUUCAGUGGCACCACGCAGGAGCCUGCGCAAUACUAGUAGUAGCGGCCAUGUGGUUCCAGAAGAGGCUCACCAAGAAGGUGGUGGCGGAGGAGAGCAUUUAGAUGCACCUACUGGCACACUGGUUGUGGAUGUCGGCGCAUGCAAGGAAAACUCUGUGCCAUUUGUUAAGGAUGGAGAUGCUAAUUCUGGCAAAUUUGAGGACAAUGGGGGCCAAGUUGAUGAAGAUGAGCAAGUCAAGGCAACAUUUGUUAGAAGGGAGUUUAGUGAGCUGUCUAUAUUGUAUCCAGACCUGGCCAAGGAGGUCAAAGGGUACGCUGCCUCAUACAACUCUGGAGAAUUGAUCAUGUCGGCCUUCGAGACCAUUGGUGAUGAUGAGGCCCGCGACCUGGAUGCAAGGUGCAAGAAGCAAAGAAUUGACAUGUUCAACUUGGAGAUGAGUCAGGCAGAGAUAACCAAGGCGCUGCUGUGCACACUUGCAGGUCUGAUAAAUUGA